GACGGGAUGAGGGGCACGGCGGUGGCGCUGGUAAGUCACCAACACGCCCAGUGUUCCGGCCAGUUGUCAUUGCCUGCUAUCCCUGUUCGAGACAGGGCUGGGUAGGGCUGGGCCUUAACUUAUCGGAGAUGCUUUAUAGAAACGCAAUGCGCACGAUGCCUCUCCUUAACGUCCUUUGAAACAAGCAGUCUCCCGCUUCACGUCCGUUGACGCGCUGGUGGAGAUGCUGCUCGGGCACAAGCGACCUGCAUCGCUGCAGACUGGCGGCGGCGGCAGCAGCAGCGGGGGCGCGUGCGCGCAUCUUGGUAGCGGAGGGGGCGGGAAAGGCCACGUGGAGGAGGAGAGCGCAGCGCCGCCCAAGAGCGGCGCAAGCGCGCAGGCUGAGAAGCCGGCUGGUGUCUAGGUAGCGGUCCGCGGUGAGGCUGUCAGGGCAUACGUAGCGGCAUGACAAGAACGGCUGUUGACAACUGCGCUGCGCCUGGCUGCAGUUGGCUCUGCUGAGGCAUCGCGAUUGCUAGGCACCUGGUUUGGCUAUGUGCCUGUGGGAACCCGGCUAUGUCCGGGUGAUGAGGUUGUUCGGCCUCAGACUGUGGAGGGGCUCAGCUCCUUUUCCCGUGACCGGGGAACACUUGUCGGGUGUGGGAUAGGAUACUGCUACAGUGCAUCUGAGGCCGCUGGAGGAUCCUAGAACUCGAA